CGAUUGAAAAAUUAGCCAUCCUUGAUCAAAAUCGGAACCUGACCGGUGAUCGGAUGAGUUCAAGCAGCUUGCACCCGCUUGCCUGAACUCAAUGCCCUGGUGUGCAUAGGAACACAUGAAGGCCAUCAUCCGACAAAAAACCUGCCAGAGCGGUAACGCAGGUCUCAUAAAGAGGAAGUAUCUCUUUGGCUUUCGACAACAUCCAUCCAUCCAUCCUAAUCCACCACAUUCCCACCACAUUCGUUCACAUUCCUUUUGUUACAUACAUAUAUCCAUAUACAUAAAUACAUAGCCAUGUUGUUUCCACCCCAACAACAGCUUCCUCUUGCACCUCCGCUGGCCCUGCACCCACCCACAUUGGCGUGUAUCUCGGACCAAAUGAUACACUUGUUUCUAGUGCUGCAGCAAGACGCCCACCUUGCCCAGGUGAUAGACGACCAUCGAGUAGCCAACUUUGCACUUGCUGCUCUCCAGACCUGCCUCACUACCCUAGCUCGACUUGGACCUAAUAACCUAAUCACACCACAACUUCAAGCUGCGAUGGAACAUGCGAUUGAAGUGGGCAUGGCCGCUCACAACCAAAUCUUGCUCAGACAAAUCAACGAGCUAAUCCGGCAGUCCGAGAAUCGAACGGCCCAGCGUAUCCGGCAGUCAGAGAAUCGAAUGGCCCAGCUUAUCAGGCAGUCAGAGGAACGAAUGGCCCAUCGAAUGGCCCAGCGUGCAGAUCGAACCACCCGGUUGAUCAACCGGAGGACCCAAGCAAUCGAAAAUCGCCUUGAAGCAGUUGAACGGACCACAAGGCACCUCUCAGAACUGAUUGGUUCCAUCACACCAGCCAUGCAAACAUUUGUCGGUCGUCAGCAGAUGUAACUUCAGGUAGCCAGGUCUAUCCAGCCACAUCCUUUGUAAAUAGUGUGAAUUUCCCUCUUCUUGCCAUCCCCAUCCAACCACUCUCAUUCCCAACCAUGACCCCUCUUUGUAAUUCCACACGGAAAUCGUGCUCUUAUGCAUCCAUUUGUUCUUAUCAGAACCCUUUGUCCGGUGUUCAACCUCUCUACAUAAUUCACCCAUGGCGACUUGAAUGUCCAGCUGCUGAGCUACAUAACUGAACCAUUUCAUGAGGAGUCUACAGUAGCGCUCCAAAG